AUGGAGGCCACCAGAUCAGAAACAAAACCCGUAUGGGUUUAUGUGAUAUUCCGGAAGAAUCACUGCUCAGGACACGAAAAGAUGACAGUGAACAUAAGUUUUGAUGGACCAAUUUUUUGGAAUCGUCAAGUCGCUUACAUCUACUGCUGCUCUUGUCAUUUUGAUGAGCAUGAGGCUUGUGCAGUUUUUUGUUCGUUACAUAUUGGCCCACUCAUGGCAAUCCUGGGCAAGUUCGAGCAACGCGUUGAACGUAUGUGUCUAGUGGAUCGCCCCGUAGACUAUCCAUUUCUUCCUGAUUCAAUUUUCUCCUACAUGGCCAAGUGUAUGCCGAAACUGCAAUUCAUCUAUCUUCGUGAACUGGACUUAGAGAAGAUCAAUCGCGCUACAGUGGUCGAGCUGGCAAAUCACAGCACAUUGAAAAAGGUUCAAGCAACUUUUUCUCUUCAACACUGCUAUAAUUAUUUGAAAAUGAACCAGUAUCCCAGAUAUAAUCACAGAGCUGACCAUAGAAAGCUUAAUUGUUAA